CCCGUGUAAGAGUGAGGUGGAGGAGGACAGUCCAGUCCAUGUGACCACAGGAAAUCCAAGUAAGACCGCUCAUAGAAACUUCAUGUUAUCACUAGAUGGUAAAGUAGAAGAUGAAGAUAUCGGGCAGCGCUCUUCACAAGAAAACAUCCUUACCUUUAACGUAUAUCCAGGAAUUUACAGUACAGAUCUAUCACAUAAUUCCCCUAAUCAUGAGGAACCUUCUCCUGACCAAUCAGAGAUUGUUACCACAAUUAUCGGGCAGGAAGGAGAUAAAAGGUUUCAGUGUGGAGAAUGUGGGAAACAGUUUGCACACAGCUCAGGUCUUUGCAGACACAGAAGAAGUCACACAGAAGAGAGGCCGUAUUCUUGUUCAGAAUGUGGGCAGUGUUUUCUAAAGACAUCAGAUCUGGUUAGACAUGAGAGAAGUCACACAGGAGAGAGGCUAUUUUCAUGUUCGGAAUGUGGGAAAUGUUUUACCAAUAAAGCGGCUUUAGUUAAGCAUGCGAGAAUUCACACAGGAGAGAAGCCGUUCUCAUGUUCAGAAUGUGGUAAAUGCUUUACAAAUAAAUCGGCUCUUGUUAACCAUGAGAGAAUUCACAAAGGAGAGAAGCCGUAUUCAUGUUCAGAAUGUGAGAAAUGUUUCACAGAAAAAUCUAAUCUCCUUACACAUCAGAGAAUGCACAGAGGAGAGAAACCAUAUCCAUGUUCAAUAUGUGGGAAAUGCUUUACAGGUAAAUCAAAUCUUAAUCGGCAUGAGAAAAUGCACACAGAGAAGCAGUAUUCAUGUUCAGAAUGUGGGAAAUGUUUCAAAGAAAAGUCAAGUCUCCUAAACCAUGAAAUAACUCACGUAGGGGUAAAGUCAUAUUCAUGUUCAGAAUGUGGAAAAUAUUUUACAGUUAAAUCAAAUCUUAUUAUACAUAAAAGAAUUCACACAGGAGAGAAGCCAUAUUCAUGUUCAGAAUGUGGAAAGUGUUUCACAGUAAUAUCAAAUCUCCUUACACAUCAGAGAAGUCACACAGGAGAGAAGCCAUAUUCAUGCUCAGAAUGUGGGAAAUGCUUUAUAAAUAAAUCUAAUCUUAUUGUACAUGAGAGAAGGCACACAGGAGAAAAACCAUAUUCAUGUUCACUAUGUGUGAAAUGCUUUACAAAUAAAUCAGCUCUUAUUAAACAUGAGAGAAGUCACACAGGAGAGAAGCCGUAUUCGUGUUCAGAAUGUGAGAAAUGUUUUACAAGUAAAUCAGAUCUUAUUAAACAUGAGAGAAUUCACACAGGAGAGAAGCCGUAUUCUUGCUCACAAUGUGAGAAAUGUUUUGCUAAUAAAUCAAACCUUAUUCAACAUGUGAGAAUUCACACAGGGGACAAGCCGUAUUCAUGUUCAGAAUGUGGGAAAUGUUUUGCAAAUAAAUCAAAUCUUACACAACAUGAGAGAAUUCAUACGGGAGAUAAAUAAUUCUGAUGCUUCGCACAAUGGAAAUUAGAUUUUAAAAUUCCAUCAGAGAAUUCACACAGAGAAGAAACCAUAUUCUUGUUCACAAGUUUUGGAAAUGCUAAACAACCAAUAAGAGGGAAUGUUUUUGGGUGGAAUCAGCCUGUAUCUACAAACGCCCAAAAUAUAUUUAAUAGAGGUCAUCUGACUGGGACCCAUGGAGAAAAAGCAUUGUGGAUAUGAACAAGGGCCUUGUUUACCGGGGAAGGACACGUAGACUUUUAUGUAACAUAUGUGGACAUCAAUAUUUGAUCUUCAUUCGUACAGUAUGGGGAGAUAGAACAAGGCAAAAAAAAAAAAAUGGAAUUUCUGAUCAUUUGUAAA